UUGCUUUUGUCUUUUUUAAAAGCAAAUCGAAUUACAUCAGAGGAACAGAAAGAUUUACUGCAGGAAAUAAUCGAAGUCAAUGAAACUUUGUUUAAAAGACCUAUAGAAAAUAUUUUGAAAAAGAUGUAAUUAAGUUAUAAUCUUGCAAGCAUGGCUGAAGAAUUGUCGGGUGUAACUAUAGUAAUAUUUAUAGCAGCUGGAGUUUUAACAAUUCUGUUAUUAUUCAUUUUUGCUAAACGACAGAUAAUGAGAUUUGCUUUACGUUCACGACGCGGACCACAUAUUCCUAUUGGGCACGAUACUAAAAAGUCACUGAAGAGAGAAAUCGAAAGGCGUAUAGAAGUAAUACCAAGAAUUCAAUAUGAACCACAACUUAUAAGUGACCCCAGAUAUAUCUUAACUCCUGGCAGUCAAAUUCCACCACAUUAUUAUAGAUUGAAAGCCGUAGAUGAUAUUAAAACUUUAGAAGCUGAAAUUACAAAAUAUGACAGUUGCUUAAAAAGGCAUCCAUCUGAAAAUUUAAGAGCAUAUUUAUUAUCGACCCUUGCAACACCGUUAAAUGGAAGUGGUCAACGUUUGAUUCAUCAAUUUUGUGAUUUGUAUGAACAUGCAAAACAUGAUCCAACAGAAUUUGGUGAUGAAGAAUAUCAAGUAUAUACACGUUUAUUUCUUAAAUUAAUGGAUGCAGCUCGUCUUUUGAAGUCUUAUCCAAGUAGUAAAAAGUCCAGUCCAAGCCGUACACCUAUAAAGAAGAAUAUAGAAACUAAAAGGAAUAUAUUGGAACCACGAAUGCGUUUGCCUGAAGAUCAGGUGUUAACAGGAUCAAGACCAAGCACCUUAACAGUAAUGGCACUAGAUAAUAGUGAAACAUCUGUUUAGCAUUAUGAGAAUCGUCACAUACAACAUAUGUGACGAGUGAAAUGUGUAUAUAUAUAUAUGUAUAUAUAACAUAUCUGAUUUAAUUUUUUUUUAUUUGCGUUUACUUAUACAUUCAUACAAAAAUAUAUAUGUAAUAUUUAUAACUUCUUACUAAAAGAUAUGGAUGUUAUCGCAGUACAGUAAAUGCUAUAUCUAUAAAUGUAGAAUAGAUAACUCUAAUUUUUAUAUACAAUAUUGCUCUUUUUUAUAUUUAUCAAAAAUGUAAUAUUUAUCAUAUAGGAUCUAAUAUCGUUUAAUCAAUUCAAAACUCAAAAACUAAAUUAAUUGUAUUAUUAUAUAUUUAUACAUUGUACAUUUAUAUUUAUACAUAUUCCUAAAUCGUCUAUAUUGAUAAAUAAGUAAACCAAUUCUUAUUAUAAUGCGGAUGAUGUUUUAAGGAAAUUAAUGAAUUAUGAAAUGCAGAUUUAUACAGUUCUGGUAUGGAACUUAUUCUCAUUAGAUGUAACCACUCCAUUACCUGAGAAAUUGUUAUUGAAAAUUACUGUUAAUAUAGUAUCAAUUAGAAAUUAUUCGUAUGUACAAUAAUAUGCAUGCUAUAAUAGAGAAUAUCUACUUUUUAAAGAUUACCUGUGGGAUUAUAUGAUCCUUCCAAUAUUGUAUAUCAGCAAGCAUAGCUAUGGCUUGUGGGAAUAAUCUUGUUCUGACAUGUUGCGAGGAUACAAUAGAAUCUGCAUCCAUUAUUAUGCAAUCCAUUCCAGAUAAACAAAUAAUAGAAACGAAAAAAAUAUCACAAUAAAAUAAAAUUCGUCGGUUAUCUUCAGAUAUUUCUGGUAUAAGUGCUUGAAUACGAUUUAUAAAAUCUAUAACCCAAUCUGAUGUAUACAUUUUAGAUUUCACUUCAGUUUGCACUCUUUGAACUGCUUGUAACAAAUAUAACUGUACACUGUAAAAAUAUAAGAUUUCUUUUCUCUAUACAACAUUAUUAAGAUUUUAACAUAAUUCAUAAUUAUCACUCAUUAUAUUAUUUUUUUUCUUACCUGGGUAUAGUUGCGAUUAAAUUAAUUAAUUCAUUCAUCCAAUUCAAAGGCAUUUCAAAGUCGUUAUUUAAAGCUAAUUCUGUUCUGAUAAUUAUAGCAUUUUUCAGUUUUUUUACGGUUGUUUCCCACCAUACGUUAGGCGAUGUCAUUCUCUCUAUGUGAUCAACCGAUAAUGCUAAUACUGCAGAAAUAUAUGGUUUAAAAUAAUCUUGUGUUAAGUCUAUUUCAUCUAAAAGAUUGUUUAAAGUAGUAGAGAGUAAUGUACGAAUAGCAUCAUUUAUUGUUUCAUUUUUUAAAGCUCUAGCAUAGGAAUGCAUAAUAUUCUUAAAUAAAAUUACAUUUGUGUCGUCAUCACUUAAUAAAUUUUUUAUAACAUGUGA